GCUCCGCAUCCAUAUGGACUACAAACGAAGGUUGCUUUCUUGCACUACGUGCUAGACUGUCCGUCCUUGAAUUAAGCGUCCUUGAUAUAUGGAUGAGCUCUGAGCUGUGAAAACUUCUUUGCAGGAUCUUGAUAUUCAUCCAGAUAACUUGUAAAUGCGGGUCAUUCUUCAGGUUCAGAAACCAUCUUCAGCAACUAAGAACAAUCCGUCGCAAAAGUAACAGUAUGUCUUAAAUUCCUCAUACAUUCCAUUGCCCAAAUGAGCGCUUUUAUCUCCGAAUGAAGGGGUGAUUGAUACACUCUAGUAUUCCUUGCUCCCAUCAAACUAUCAAAUCCUUCCAAAGUACUACACCAUCCUUGUCCCGAAUAUCUAUCAUGUUCUUUCCAUGAUCCAUCCGGAAAACACCAUCUACCAGGGAUAGUGGGUACCGUUGCGUUCACUACCGAUCGGGCCUGAUCAGAUCUCUGUGCAUGAUUAAUUUGCGCCUCAGCCCAGAGUACCGACUCUGUUUCCGCCAACUUGAAAAUAUCGCGGGGGUCAAUAUUCAAAUUGAUAAAAACUUUGUUGUUUUUUCCUUUCCAUAUAUACCAUAGAAUCCAUGCAAAAUGGUGAUCGGCGUCAUGCUUAAAAUUGAAGAACUUGGUUAUUUCAACUAAAUAUCUCCAACUAAGUGAAAAAUAUUUUUUCUCCGCACAUGAAAAACAUGCAUCAGUCUAAAAAGCAAUUACUAGUGUUUUCAGUUUUAACUAUGUUCUUACAUAUUGAACAACAAUAACUAUUUUCAUAUUAGAAAGAUAAGAACUACAGUAAAUUUUAUUUUCAUAUAUACGAAAGUGUAUUUUUCAAAAAACUUAUAUAAUGGUGUAAUUUUUAAAAUAAAAUCUCGAGUAAUAGUAUUUCUCCAAAUUUUCCCUAAACUUUAAGAUAAUUAAAUACUUUUGGGGAAUAUUGUAAGAAAAUCUACUUCUAUAUUUUCGUGGAAAAUAAAUGGUACAUUUUGACAGAUCAUGGUGCAUAACAGAUAUCAUUCCAUUUUAAAUAUCAUAAUUGUAUCUUACAUAUUAAGUAUGAGGAUGACUAUUAAAAGUUUGAAGUGGAAAUAAAAAAAAUCUCUAAAAUUGUCAUAAAGUCAAAGAUAUAUUUACUUUAAAAUGACAUAAAAAUUAAAUACCCAUAUGUAACAACUCUCUAUAAAUAACAAAUAUACUCUUUCAUUUCCAACAUCAUCUUUUAUUUAUUUGUUAAAAGUAUUUUUGAGAAUGCCAGAAAACAAAAGAGGUCGUCAAAAAGUACCGAUUGCGAAAAUGGAGAAGGAUGCCAACCUUCAAGUUACCUUUUCAAAGAGACGACAAGGUCUUUUUAAAAAAGCUAGUGAACUUUGCACCUUAUGUCGUGUAGGAAUGGGAGUAAUUGUGUUUUCACCAGGCCAAAAAGUAUUUUCUUUUGGCAAUCCAGAUGUUAAAUCUGUACUCGAUAAUUUCAAAAAUCACAACCAUAAUCCUCUUUUAUAUACCCAAGACGGUUUGAACCCAACAAUCCAAAAUCUCAACAGCUUACUUACUCAGGAGAUGGCAAUCCUUGAAAUGGAGAAAAAAAGGAAGAAAGAGUUGGAUGAGAUAAAAAAUAAGAGAGAAGAAACAGAAAAAUGGUGGGAAAAACCUCCGAAUCAACUUGACUUAAGGCAAAACACUUGUCUAACUAGUGCUCUGGAAAAUCUGAAAAUGGAGUUGGUAAGUCAACGGUCCCAACACUUGCAAGCAAUUGAUCCUCCCAAUCAUUAUGGCGAAAGUUACAACAACAUUGUUGGUGGUGGCAAUGUCGAUCUUUUCGACCAAACAAGAAUGUUCGAUGGGAAUGCAUCCAACUAUAAUCCCAAUUCGAUUAUUUCUAAUCAUGGACCCAUGUUCGCAAAUAAUGAUAACACCAAUGUCUUUGAAGCACUCGGUCCAAGAUCCAAUCUGAAUUUGCCUGAGUAGAACCAUGAUCAAUACAAGGACCAAGGUCUGAAGGAAGAAGGAAGAGGCAACAUAAUCCCAAUCAUGAUUUUCAUCACCUUCGACGUUGUUAUCUUGUUUGUCUAUUUUAAAUAAUUUAAUCUGUUGACAAAAAAAUCAAUAAUCUAUGUAUAAGAUAUUUGUUUCUUUUC